UUUCUUCAAAGAAAAAAAAGAAUUUUAAAACAAAAACUUUAAAAAAAAUUAAAGAAAAUCCGCUUCCACCGUAGACGUCUGCCGGAAGAUUCUUCCGGUGUCAAUAGCUUUUCUUCUUUGUUCAAAAUCUGAGCUCUGCUGGGGAACCUUUUUUUUCCUCUUCCAUUCCUCCAUAUAUCUUUUUACUAUUUCAGAGCUUCUUUAUUUUAUACGCAUCUGAAGGAGGAGGAGGUAUUAGUUUUCAUGUGAUGCCGUCAACAUGCAAACUGUCACUGGUCUCCUCACCGUCGGAAGCACAACAUAAUCAAGAAAAUGUUCCCAUUCAGAUUGGAGAUCAUGAUGUAUCUUCAUCCACUUCAAAUAGUACUGUGCCAGAGCAACGUGCUAAAAAGCCUACUCGGCAGUGGGCUGCUUGGACACGUCAAGAGCAAGAGAGUUUCUUCACUGCAUUACGACAAGUUGGGAAGAAUUUUGAGAAGAUCACAUGUCGUGUUCAAACUAAAAACAAAGAUCAGGUCAGGCAUUAUUACUAUCGUCUUGUGCGGCGCAUGAAUAAACUUUUGGGUCCGCGAUUAUGUUUAGAUGCCAAAAACUCUAAAGAUACUAAUGCAGCAAUGCUUCGCUGGUGGUCUCUGCUGGAAAAGUAUAGCUGCAGAGCUUCUAAGCUUCAUCUAAAACCGCGAAGAUUUAAAAUUUUUGUUGAAGCUUUGGAGCAUCAACUCUUGAAAGACCGGAAGAAGAAUGUAAGAAAACGAUCCUGUCAAGGGGAGAAUAGUUCACCUACAUCUCCAAACAAUUUCACAAAUCAGAGUAGGGCUUUGGGACAUGAUGCUCAUAUGGUCAAACUGUUUCUUGUAGAAAGUCAAAACAUUCAUAAAUUAGGACCUGGGAAAGGGUCAUUUAAGCGUAAUAACAAUGUAGGUGUCAGUCGUAGCAACAGUAAAGGAGAGUCAAAUACCAUGAAACCGGCAAGACAACGGCGGAAACCAGGUGCCUCAUCAUCUGCAUAUAAAAAAUGGGAAAAGGCUGCAAUUGCUGGAGUGUCUUUGGUUGCUGAUGCUGCUGAGCAUUUGGAGAGAACGAUUAAUGACAAAGAAGAUGAGCAUGAACAGAACGAUACUGCAGGUCCAGGGCAUAAGAUUCUUGAUCCAGUUGAAAAUAUUGAGCCUCCUUUGCCUACUUUCCCUCAAAACCCUUUCACAGAGAACAAUAUACAUGCUGCUGGGAAACUUAAGCUCCAACUCUUUCCAAUUGAUGACAGUACUAGAAGAGCCUUGGAAAUGAAUAAACACAAUCCACAUUUGGAACUCACCCUUAGUACACGAAAGAAGAUAUCAUCAAUAUUAGAGCAUUUGAAUAGAAAAUGGGGAAACUCAAGUAUAGCAUCAGGAAAGCUUAUGCUUUUCCCUUAUGGUGUUCAAAGAGAAAACCUUAGGGGUCAUCAGAGAUGGACUCAAGCAACCAUCCUCAGUGCAGCAGAUGUAUUUGCAAUGGUGGGAAGCCCCCAAGUAUUUCGCCUAAGGUAUGGUUGGCUUUCUGAUGCUGAAAUUGCAUCUUUGUCGGGGCAAGCACCUGUUUCCUCAUCCUACAUUCCAAGUUUGCAUAAUAUGAACCUAGAAAGUAGUAAUGGCCAAAUUGGGGAAGAAGUACAAGCUGUCUCAUCUGAUGGUGAUCAGUGUUGGAAACUUGCUGAUUGUUGCAAGAAUCAGUUAAUGUUACAGAAAGAAAAUCAAGUCCUUGAACCUUCUUCAGGUGAUUUUCACGAGAUUAAUACAUGCAUUAACACUAGUUCUAAAGAUAAUCUCAGGGAUUUCCAUGUUCCCGCAAGAAAUGCAUCAUUAGAUAGAAGUGAGGCUUGCAAUGUUGCUAUCUUGAGACGAUCGGAGGAUAUGGAUGAUCAGAGAUUGAAAAAUAGCACUGCUGCAUUAUCUGCUGGAGAAUGGGCUGACAGCCUGACAAACAUAAGUGUUGGAGAUCUUCUUGCAGAAGUGCCUCACAGCUUCGAUGAUAACUGUGCUGACCACCCUGUUCCAGAAAGCUCAUUAUGUCAUCAGCAGAUUCCAUUCAGCUGCGACUCUUUCGAUGCAGCUAUUGCUGCUCAUAUUUCUAAGCAUCAAAACAAGAAGGAGGUUCCAUCAUUGGCAUCCCGUGCAUCUUCCAUCUGGGAUGCUGAAGAAACAUGUGACGCCUUCUUAUUUUCAAAGAAUCGUAAUCCUAGUACAGACAUUGCUAGAUUAUCUGAUGCUGCUUACCCAUCAGCCUGCGAACAGAUCGCAAGAUCUGACACACUAACAGAGUCACCUGAUCGAGAGGAGACAGCGGAAGAUAUUGCUUGUGAAGACCUCGUGGACAAGCGUCGAUCUGAUCCCCACAUUAUGGAUACUACAGAAAAGGUUUUCAAUGGGCUGACUGACAUUUAUUGGCCUUACUCUUUAGGACCACUAGAACUCGAUGCACAAUCUCGUAAGUAUCACAGUGAAGAUUUGAUAUUAGGUGAUAGCCUUGGAAGUUUGAACCGUCUAAUAGCCAGCAGUCUGGAUGCAUUUCAAAAUUGCUCAUUUUUCGGGUUGGACAAGAAAGAAUCAACCUCAACAGUCGAAGCUCGGGACACUGCACCCACGGCUUUCAGAAUUGGCAGCGAGGGUUGAAAAUCUCCAUCGAGUUCUAUAUCGGGAUGACACUAAUCGAGAGCAACGGAUUUUGUUGUCGGAAAACCUUUGAAUACCGAGACUAAUUACGGGUCUGGCUGGUGGACAGGACAGGUCUGAGUUUAUUAGAGGAUUUCCUCCUGACCCUAACGAACGAGCCUCGUCGACUUGUACAAAUAAACUGAAGCACUUCACUUUGUUUGUGAUGUGAGGAUCAACCAAUGAACUCGAAAAUAACCGAGGGUGAGCCGUUCUAAUAUAAACAAUUUGCACAAUCUUUAAUAGGUAUGAUGAAAAAUUUUAGUAAG